AUGGAGCGCAACUGGAGCGCCGUCGGCGGGCAGGGCAAUGCCUCCUCGUCGAGCGGGCCCGGGGAGGCGGCGGCCGCGUGGGCUUUCGGCGCGGUGCUGUCGGUGAUGUAUGUGGCCGGCGUGGCGGGCAACGUGUACACGCUGGGUCUGCUGUGGCGCUCGGGGCGGUGCGCCCGCGGCGCGCCCUUGUCUGGCUCCAUCGCCAGCCUGGCGCUGGCUGACCUGCUCUACCUGUGCUCCAUCCCCUUCAUCGUGGGCACGUCGGUGGCGCAGGACUGGUACUUCGGCGAGCUGGGCUGCCGCGUGCUGCUCAGCCUGGACCUGCUCACCAUGCACGCCAGCAUCUUCACGCUGACCGUCAUGUGCACCGAGCGCUACCUGGCCGUCACCAGGCCGCUGGCCACGCGGCAGCGGUCGCGGCGCUUCAGCAAAGCCACGGCCGGCGCCGUCUGGGGGGUGUCGCUGCUGCUCACGCUGCCCAUGAUGCUGAUGGUCACGCUGAGCCGCAGCAAGGACGGCAAGCACAUCUGCGCGCCCACCUGGAGCCCCGACGCCUACCGGCUCUACCUGACCGUGCUCUUCAGCACCAGCAUCCUGGCCCCGGGGCUGAUCAUCGGCUGCCUGUACGCCCGCCUGGCCACCACCUACCUGGAGUCGCAGAGGAACCCUCCGCGCAAGAAGGAGCCCAAGCGCUCCCCGCGCCAGAAGGUGCUCAUCCUCGUCUUCACCAUCGUGCUGGUCUUCUGGGCUUGCUUCCUGCCCUUCUGGAUCUGGCAGCUGGUGCCCCUCUACCACGGGCCCCUCGGGCUCGCGCCCCACACCCAGAAGUGCAUCAACUACCUGGUGACCUGCCUGACCUACAGCAACAGCUGCAUCAACCCUUUCCUCUACACGUUGCUCACCAGGAACUACCGCGAGUACCUGCGCAACAGGCACAGCAACUUCUACCGCUUCACGUCGUCCUUCCGCAAGAGGGGCUCCAGCCUGCACUGCUCCUGGAGGCGAUCCACCUCCUCCGGCACCCACGGCGAGUCCGGGUCCGAGGCCCUGAGCAUGGCCACGUUAAGGGACUGCAAAUGA